AUGGAAGUUAAAACCAGCGAAGAUCAUUUGAAAGUCCAUAAAAUGAAGAAGAAGGUAUUGAGGAAGCAGGUCAGAGCUCAGCACACAUUGAUGAGACAUGAGGGCAUUGAGUGCAUCUCCCAUGCUACACAGAGCCUGGUUAUUGCCAAUGCUGGUCUCGGUAAUGGGAUGAGUAGACACCAACUGCUCAGGAUAGUAGAAGAAUAUGGAUUGGUAGAAACACUCUUAAUGCCACCGAAUAAACCAUAUUCAUUUGUGAAAUAUGGGACAACAGAAGAAGCCAAGAAAGCCUUUGAUGCCCUUAAUGGAAAAGAAGUGACACUGGAAGACUUUGGCCAAAACAUUGUUCUCUAUAUUAAUUUUGUAGAAAAAGUUUUCUGGAAGAAUGCUGUUCCUCCAAGCUUGCCUCCAGGCCUAAUGGUCAUUGAAAAGAUUAUUUCUCCAGAGGAAGAAAAGAGAAUGUUGGAAAGUAUUGACUGGACAGGAGAUGAAGAUACUCAAAAUGCCCAGAAGACUUUAAAGCAUAGAAGAGUAAAACAUUUUGGAUAUGAGUUUUGCUAUGAUAACAACAAUGUUGAUAAAGACAAACCUUUACCUGGAGGUCUUCCUGAAAUUUGUGACCUGUUCUUGGAGAAGUGCUUGAAGCAGGGAUAUAUCAAACAUAAACCUGAUCAACUGACUGUAAAUCAGUAUGAACCUGGACAAGGAAUUCCUCCUCAUAUUGAUACGCAUUCUGCUUUUGAGGAUGAAAUAAUCUCUCUCAGUUUAGGAGCUGAGAUUGUGAUGGAUUUUAAACACCCUGAUGGCCAUACAGUGGCAAUUAUGCUGCCCCGAUGCAGUUUACUGGUGAUGACUGGAGAAUCCAGAUACCUGUGGACACAUGGGAUUACACCCCGAAAAUAUGAUGUCAUUCAAGCAUCUGAGCUUGGGCAGAAAGUUGGAACAAUCACUGCUGAUGUUGGAGAUUUAACACUAAAUCGAAGGGAAACAAGGACAUCAUUUACAUUCAGGAAAGUGAGGAGAAGCCCUUGCAAUUGCAUUUACCCAUCUGUCUGUGACAGCCAGAAAGGACAGCAAAGGCAGGUACAACCUUCAUUUCCCCACAAUGAGAUGGAGGCCUCAAAGCUGGAGCAAGAAUAUGUACACAAGGUGUACGAAGAGAUUGCCACACACUUCAGCAGUACCAGGCAUAGCCCGUGGCCCCGAAUUGUAGAGUUUCUCAGGUCUCUACCACAAGGGUCAAUAGUGGCUGACGUUGGUUGUGGUAAUGGGAAAUAUCUAGGCAUCAACGAGGAUUUGUACAUGGUUGGCUGUGAUCGCAGCAAAAACCUGGUGGAUAUUUGUGGAGAAAAAAAUCUCCAGGCUUUUGUCUGUGAUGCCCUGUCAGUGCCAAUCCGCAGCGGUUCUUGCGACGCCUGCAUCUCUAUUGCUGUAAUCCACCACUUCUCAACAGCGGAGAGGAGACUGGCUACUAUCCGUGAACUAGUUCGGCUUCUGAGACCUGGUGGAACGGCACUCAUUUAUGUCUGGGCAAUGGAACAAGAAUACAAAAAACAGAAGUCUAAAUACCUUAAGGAAAAGAACGGUGGUAAAGACAAGAAGGAGGAAAUCAAUACUGGCACGGCCCAGAGACCGCUUAGUGAUCAAAUGCCUGGUAGCAGCAGCCAAGACUCAGCAUGUUCUGGCCGACUCCUUAAUGACUCGAAGGACGAAGGCUGUGAUGCAAAGCCAGUCGCAGACUCCAGGCUGCCUGUCCACACUAACCGAACCUCCUUUCACGCUCAAGAUUUGCUGGUUCCCUGGCACCUGAAAGGUGACCCUAAAAAGAAAGGAGAAAGUGUUGAUACAGCGUCGCUUCCAGCUGGCUCUAAGGAAUUGCGAGAACUCAGCCCUGUUUUCCACCGUUACUACCAUGUGUUCCGUGAAGGGGAACUGGAAGCAGCAUGCAGAUCCCUGGAUUGUGUGAGGGUUCAAAAGAGUUACUAUGAUCAGGGAAACUGGUGUGUGGUUCUGGAAAAGUUGUAG